GCCAACAAUGUUGGACUCGCGGGCGACUGUUUACUUCGCACUUGUUAAUUUUCUUCUCGUGUUGGUGAUUUGCAUUUCGAGUUUGCUUCGCUCGCACUGGCGAUAUAAAAAUCGGACGGUGUUUGAAAGCGAGGCGGAGUUACCGAGUUGGCUUUACUUGCUCUGCCGUGUCGCUGUCAGGAAGUUUGGGGCACGCGGCCGCCGCGCAGACGAGUUUAAAGCGGGGGGCGGAGUCGGGAUUGCUUUCACUUUGCUCAACUGCAGGCUAAACUCCCAAAGCCUGCGGCGUUUCUGUGAGGCCUGUGGCUAUGGCUGGGACUACCCUGACUCUACUGGCAGAGACAUUCCUUUGUGUUAUCCAGAAAUACUCUUCACGUGUUUGCUAGUGAUGAUCAUAAGCUCGGAUAGAUUCCGGUUAAGCCCCUUAGGGCUGAUUAAUGUACGUUCGUUCACAAAAACCUUUCAACCUGUGGACGAAAUAAAGAAAGGUCCAUUCUUACUUCAGGCAUCUCUAGUGGAGUACAGAUCAGUGGAAGCUGGGACUGAAGUGGAUAUUGCAUUGGAGCUAAAAGACCAAGCCAUGAAACCUGUGUGGAAGAGUGAGGUGACUUUAUUACAGGAAUCCACUAACAGCAGCAAUACAACAAAUGUGGCCAAAUCUGAAGAUCCAAAAGAUCUGAAAGUUGUCAACAUACAAGUCCCCAGAAUCACCAGACUGAAACACGCUUGUGCUUCAGUGAACUAUGACUGCGUUUGUGUGCUUUGGCUGGUCAUUAAACAGCUGCUGGGCCAUAAAGACACAUUACCUAAUGGUUUCUGGAUGGUGUCUCGAUGUAUGGCUGAAUUAGAGAAGUACCAAGGAACAGAUGCAGUGAGAGCACCUGUCUGUGUCCAGGUCACCUUUAACCAUUCAUUGCUGAGAAGUGCAAAGGCCAUAAUCAAAUUUUGGAAGAUGCACCCAGAAACCAGCAUGGUUGCCUCAAGGGCUUACCAGUUCAAAAUGGAGGAAAGUGAAUCCGGAAUUCUGUACGCAGCUGGUUCAUCGACAAUGUUGACAUGGCAUAACAUUCAGGAGCAUUUUGUAAUGGAGUUGAAAAUGGAGUACAAAGAGGGUCGUGGCUGUGCGCACAAGACACCCCUCAAACAUCAUACAGCUGGAACAAAUCUGUAUGGAGGAGCAGGAAAAAGUUAG